UCGUGACAUAAUCCGUCAUUCAAAAUUAACUCUCGCGACAUAAUGAUAUCAACCAAAUUUAUCGUAAAAUGAUAAACGAACUAUUGCCAUGCAUUCCCCUGUUAGCAGUAUUCACCAGCCAUCGGUUUCUGCAAUUACUGAUGCCCCUGAAAUCGGAAAGGACCUGCCGUCAGUUAAAAAACCCACCGUUCUAGAAUCGCACGGAUAUUCGCUGGGAAAAACUAUCGGAAACGGAUCGUACGCGACAGUCCGUAUGGCUCACAGCGAACGACACGGUGCCGACGUUGCCAUUAAAAUUGUCAGCAAGUUUUCCGCGCCUGCCGAUUACCUAAAAAAGUUUUUACCGCGAGAAAUCGAAGUUGUCAAAGGGUUACGUCAUCAUAACCUGAUACGAUUCUUGCAGGCCAUCGAGACCACGCACAGGGUGUAUAUUAUAAUGGAAUUCGCAGAAAACGGCAGCCUCUUGGACAUUAUCCGCACGGAUCAGCACAUCGACGAGACGCGAUCGCGAAAAUGGUUCAGGCAGUUGGUGAACGCGGUCGAUUACUGCCACGAACGGGGCGUGGUUCACAGGGACGUGAAAUGCGAAAACAUGCUGAUGGACAACGGGUGGAACGUGAAAUUGUCGGAUUUCGGAUUCGCCAGGGGCCACAUGAAACCGAAAAACGGCCAGCCGAUCUUUAGCGAGACGUUUUGCGGCAGUUACGCUUACGCGUCACCGGAAAUCCUGCGCGGCAUCCCCUACCAACCGCAGUUCGCUGAUAUAUGGUCGAUGGGCGUGGUUCUGUUCGCGAUGGUCUACGGCCGUUUGCCGUUCGACGAUCGGGAUUACAAAGAACUCGUUAAGCAAGUCUCCAAUAAGGUACGUUUUCCAAAAGAGCCGCGGGUGACGCUCAAUUGCAAAUCGUUGAUUAACAAAAUUCUGGCCCCUCUGAAAUCCCGGAUUCGCAUCAGUGGCAUCAAACUCGACCCCUGGUUCAUCUACGAUGAGGAGCAGCAGGCGAGCUCGAGCAAAGAGAGGAAGUCUAGUAUACUGGAAUCGGACGACGAACGCAGAUUAUCCGUGGACAGUAAAACUCUGGUCCCGCCCAAUCUGAUAACCAAAGAACAGCUGGAAAUGCAGGCAAAACCGCGGGGGCGUAGAAAAAGCAGCACGGACGAAGAGGAGCCGAUCAAAACCGAAGGGCCUCGAUACACUAGCGAGCCGGAAGACGAUAAACUCGACGAAAAACUCGAAAAACAACCGAAUACUUCGAAAUAA